CUGCAAGGCCCGUGAUGGAAAAACCGCUGUGUGCGCUCCUAUUGCUUCUUGGUGUCUCGUCAGCUCGGCCUAUCAAACGUCCUCCAUCUGUUGACAAUCAACCAUGUCAUAGAAGGUACGCUGCCUCCAAAAACGGCACAGUAGAAUAUACCGAAGGGACUGGAAACAUCGCUUUCUGUAACUAUGAAAUCGCCGUUGACUCCAAAAGCCAAAUACGGCUGGAAUUUGCGAAAACGAAUUUGGAUAGGCUUGGUCCAGCUUUUGUGGACUACGUUUUAGCAUUCGAUGGACCAGAUUGUAUGUCAACACGGAUUGGAGCGGUGAGCGGAAAGAGGACUCCAACGUUUACUUCCAGCGGCAACCAGAUGACGGCUUUGUUUGUCAGAGGAAAUAUCGGCAAAGUCUUCAAAGCUAUGUAUUCCACAGACAACUGCGGGGGUGAAAGGAAUGGCCCGAACGGAACGAUAUCGUUCAAGGGAGAUGAAAAAGUGAAUGCAUUGUGUAUUUGGAGAUUGAGGGUUGGCGAAGGGAAAAAGGUGCACCUCCAACUGAGAGCAAAGCAAUCUGCAUCAGUUGGUUCGUGGAUCCGCCUACUGGACGGAAGCAACUGUUCUGCUCGAGAACUUGCCUACAUUACAGCUCAGAGCAAGUCGCAAACAUACAAUGAAACCUCCACGUCAAACGUGAUGAUGGUGAUAUUUUCAUCAGUGAAUGGUUUCCCCCCAGAAGAAUUCCGAGCAUUCUAUUGGGAUGGGACGGUGCCAACUACAACGACGACCACCACAACCUCAAGUGAGACAAAUUCCACUUCAACGGUGAAGACCAGGGAUGACGAAAUAAACUCAGCAGUCCCGACUCCAAGUGGUGCCUUCAAAGAUAACGUGACGGAGAUACCCGAUCACACCAAUUCAUGGGCACCGAAACUCACUUGCAAAGUGUUGGCAGCCGUGCUCGUUCAUUCUGCCUACUAUGCUUUCUGGAUUACAACACAUUGAUGCUAUGAAAGCGAUGGUCAUCUACGCACCUACAUCAACACGAUAUGCGUCGUUCUUGAAAAUAUCGCUCAUGUCAUCCAAUCUGAUUCAAACAUUAUCAACUACGUUAGUUUUCGGAGUGUGAUCUUUCCCUAGUAAUGUGACAGUCAUCUGCA